AUGGCAGUUCCCGCUCUGCUCAAGUUUCCAGACACUGUCGACUGGUCAAGGACAGUCGAGCCGUACAUCCCUCAGCUUUAUGAGCUGCCAUCAAAGCUCCUGGGCGUCUUGCAGUCUCGGCAGAAUGUACUCGACCUCUAUCUUGAGACAAAUCCACUCAUUUCAGGUCUUGGUCUUUCCAUCUUGUUCGGUGCCAUCUUCUUGGUUGUCGCAGAAAUCAACAAGAACUACUCCCAGGUCGACAGGUGUUGGAGCUUACUGCCAACUUUCUACAUCGCCCAUUUUGACCUUUGGGCUCGGCUUUCCGGGAUCAGCUCCCAAAGAAUAGAUCUCAUUCUCUUAUUUAGCACAUUGUGGAGUAUCCGUCUCACCUUUAAUUACUGGCGCAGAGGAGGCUAUCAGAUUGGGUCUGAAGACUAUAGAUGGGAGAUCGUCCAGAGCAAGGUGCCAGCAUGGGCUUUCACGAUUUUGAACAUAACCUUCAUUUCCUUCAUCCAAAGCGUUCUGCUGUUUGCUCUAGCAGCGCCUACCUACCCAAUCCUGUUGAGCAUACAGUUCCAGCCUGAGAUAGCUUUGUCGGACAUUGCCUUUUUGAUCUUCGAAGUCGGACUUGUUACAACAGAAUGGUUUGCGGAUCAGCAACAGUGGGAUUUCCAGAAUGCCAAGAGGGAGUAUCAAACUACUGGGAAGGUGCCACAGGGCUUCGCAGCAAAUGACCUGAAUCGAGGCUUUAAUACUUCCGGUCUCUGGGCGUGGAGCAGGCACCCAAACUUCGCCGUUGAGCAGACUAUCUGGCUCACGCUGGGCGUCUGGAGUACCUUUACAGCAGAAGUGCCGUAUGCUUGGACUUUGGUACCUGGUUUCAGCCUUGUCCUCCUCUUCCAAGGGUCGACAUGGCUCACGGAGCUGAUCACAGCUGGCAAAUACCCCGAAUACAAGGAGUACCAACGGCAGGUUGGCAUGUUCGCGCCAAAUCUCCUCGGGUUUGGCCCUUACAACCCGCCUCCACCCCGGACCAGCGCCUUGAAGGAGAAGAAGCAGAAGUAA